AUGUUCGUUUCCGACAAGCCCCGUCCUAAUGAUUUCUACAAAGACGAUAACACCAAUUCCUCCACCGCCGCACGCAACAUGAUUAUCGACGGAGAUCUACAGCCGCACAAUCAUCACCCUCACCACAAUCACAAUCACAAUCACCAUCAUCAUAAUCAUCUCCAGCCGCAACAGAUUCUCUUAGGCGAAAGCAGCGGCGAGGAUCACGAAGUGAAAGCUCCCAAGAAACGAGCGGAGACGUGGGUCCAAGACGAGACCCGUUCCCUAAUCAUGUUCCGUCGAGGCAUGGACGGCCUCUUCAACACCUCCAAGUCUAACAAACAUCUCUGGGAGGAGAUCUCGGCGAAGAUGAGGGAGAAAGGCUUCGAUCGAUCUCCGACGAUGUGUACGGACAAGUGGAGGAAUCUGUUGAAGGAGUAUAAGAAGGCCAAGCAUCACGACAGAGGGAAUGUGUCGGCGAAGAUGUCUUAUUACAAGGAGAUUGAAGAUAUUCUUAGGGAGAGGAGCAAGAAAGUGACGACACAGUAUAGCAAGAGUCCUAAUACACCGCCCAUUGCUAAAGUUGAUUCCUUUAUGCAAUUUACUGAUAAAGGUUUUGAUGAUCCGAGCAUUUCUUUUGGAUCCGUUGAAGCUAAUGGCAGGCCGGGGUUAAACCUUGAAAGGAGUCUUGAUCAUGAUGGUCAUCCUCUUGCAAUCACUACAGUUGAUGCUGUUCCAGCAAAUGGAGUCCCUCCUUGGAACUGGAGAGAGACUCCUGGAAACGGUGGUGAUGCUCAUGGACAGCCUUUUGGUGGGAGGGUCAUAACUGUGAAAUUUGGCGACUAUACAAGAAGAAUCGGCGUUGAUGGCACUGCUGAAGCAAUCAAAGAGACAAUCAGGUCUGCUUUUAGCCUAAGAACCAGGCGGGCCUUUUGGUUAGAAGAUGAAGAUCAGGUUGUUCGUUGUCUUGACCGAGACAUGCCCUUAGGGAACUACCUACUCCAUGUCGAUGGUGGAGUGGCCAUUAGGGUUUGCCAUUACGAUGAAUCCAACCAGUUACCAGUCCAUACAGAAGAGAAGAUCUUCUACACGGAAGAAGAUUACCGCGAUUUUCUGGCUAGAAGGGGAUGGACAUAUCUGCAAGUUGAUGGCUUUAGGAACAUAGACAACAUGGAUGAUCUUCAAGCUGGUGCUGUGUACCGAGGAGUGAGAGAGAGAAUGUGA